AAUGAGAUGGCGAUUGCCCUGGCGUCAGCUACAAUCCAUCUCACAAAUCCAGUCCCAAUCGAGUCCACCCUGUAACCAUUGACAGUUCAUACUUCUUCAUACCUUCUUCCACAAACCCUAAUAUUUUAUACCUCUUUUGUCAGUCAGUCAAAUGCCUCGAUUUCAUCACUCCUCCUCUCAUAACUGUCACAAGAUUCCAAUUACAAUUAUACAGAACCUUCCAUUUCAAUCUCACACAUCUUCUUCAUUCUCUGCUUCUAGAUCUGAACUUUAAUUGUGUACAAACAGACCAAAUUGACGUUAUGGACGCUCAAAAGCUGGAAUCAACCGUUACGAGGCCGGAUCAGGCCUUCAAUUUGGAUCCAGAUGUCUCUGUUUCGUCUCCGGUCACUCGCCAGAAAGCUGCCGCUGCUAAGCAGUUGAUUGAGAAUCAUUACAAGAAUUAUCUUCAAGGAUUGCAGGAUCGGAAAGAGAGGAGACGAGCGUUACAGAGGAGGGCGGCUGAGGCGAAAGUUUCGAGUGAGGAAGAGGAGCAGUUGUUGAGGAAUUUGGAGAAGAAAGAGACGGAGUAUAUGAGGUUGCAGAGGCAUAAGAUUGGGAUUGAUGAUUUUGAGCUCUUGACAUUGAUUGGUAAAGGUGCUUUUGGUGAGGUCAGAUUAUGUCGUGCUAAAACGAGUGGAGAAGUAUUUGCAAUGAAAAAGCUGAAGAAAUCUGAUAUGCUUAGUCGUGGGCAGGUUGAACAUGUUCGAUCUGAGAGGAAUUUGCUUGUGGAGGUUGAUAGUCGAUGCAUUGUAAAACUAUUUUAUUCUUUUCAAGAUGCUGAUUAUUUGUACCUUAUAAUGGAAUAUUUACCUGGUGGUGACAUCAUGACGUUGCUAAUGAGAGAAGAUAUUCUUUCUGAGGAUGUUGCUCGAUUUUAUAUGGCUGAAAGUAUCUUGGCCAUUCAUUCUAUUCACCAGCAUAACUACAUACACAGGGACAUUAAACCAGAUAACCUGAUACUGGACCGAAACGGGCAUCUAAAGCUGUCUGAUUUUGGCUUGUGUAAGCCCAUUGAAAGUAAAUUUUCAUCAAUAUUGUUGAACGAGGAAGAUUAUGAAAAUCAGGGGCCCCUAAACGACACUGAUGGGCAGCAAGUUCCUUGGUUGAUGCCAAAAGAAAAAUUGCAACAGUGGAAACGUAAUCGACGUGCUUUGGCGUUUUCUACAGUUGGAACUCUUGAUUAUAUGGCACCUGAAGUGCUGCUGAAAAAAGGAUAUGGAAUGGAGUGUGACUGGUGGUCACUGGGGGCAAUCAUGUAUGAAAUGCUUAUCGGUUAUCCCCCGUUUUGUUCUGAUGAUCCUAGGAUGACGUGUCGCAAGAUCAUAAACUGGAGGACAUGUUUGAAAUUCCCUGAGGAACCAAAAAUUUCAAAUGAGGCUAGGGAUCUCAUCUGUCAUUUGCUAUGCGAUGUGGAAUCAAGGUUGGGUACUGGUGGAGUCGAAGAAAUAAAGGCACACCCAUGGUUUAAAGGGGUGAAGUGGGAUAUGCUGUAUGAAAUGGAAGCUGCGUAUAAACCCGUUGUUACUGGAGAACUUGAUACUCAGAAUUUUGAAAAGUUCCCUGAAGUGGAAGAUCCGCAGUCAGCUGUACCAAGAGUGGGACCCUGGAGAAAGAUGUUAACGUCAAAAGACUCGAAUUUCAUAGGAUAUACCUUUAAGAAAUCGGAUAUGUUAAAAUCAGUUGGAACUUCAGGCAUAGAUAUGAGGGCAAAUGGACCUUCCAAGCCCCCAUCAUUGGUGUCCUUGUUUGGCCAUAUGGAUCUGAAAGCAACUCCAUUACCCGAGGAGGAGCAUGAGCAGGAGCACAAAAGUUGACUUUCGUCCUGGUCAAAUUGUCACAGUCUUUGAAUGCAAGCAUUAAGAUCUCACAUACGCCUGUUUUCACGUCUCAUGAGUGUUUACUGUAAAAAUACAACGAUUUGAGAAGAUCAAUCUUAAUACAAUUUUGAGUUUCAUAAUUAUAGCUUCAAUGAUGUUUUCUUUAGUGGGAUACAGUUUGGAAUGAUCUUGGUUAACACAUGAAUAUAAAUCCCAGUAUAAAUUUGUACCUCUGGUUUUCGCA